CCAACCCUAAAAUUGACAAUCUUCCCCCGCAAUUUUGCCCUCAUACAAAUUGGGCCAUUUUCCCUUCUCUUUCCCUCCAUUGCCUCACUCUCUCUCUCUUGAUUUCGAGUCUUCUCAAACACACUUUCACACCCCAAACACUCUCAUUUGCUUCUUCUUCUUCUUUCAAUUCACUCUCAAAACCAACAAAUCGGUCAAUUAUGGGCAAGUACAUGAAGAAAUCCAAAGUCUCCGCCGCCGUCAUCAUGGACUCCACCGCCGUCGGCGUCCGCACCAGAGCCAGAACCCUCGCUCUCCAGAAAUCUCCGCCUCCCUCGCCGUCACAAUCCGACUCCUCCGCCUACCUCCAGCUCCGCAGCCGCCGCCUCCUCAAGGCUCCGCCGCUUCCCCGCCGGCAAACCGCCGUUGCUGAUUCGCCCAAAACGUCGUCGUCGCAGGGUGCCGAGAAAUUGGGACCGGAAGAGGAGAAUGUCGAUGUGGCUAUGGAAGGUUCGUUCGGUGAAAAUCUGUUGGAGCUUGAAGGCAGAGAUAGAAGCACCAGAGAAAGCACACCUUGUAGUUUAAUAAGGAGUUCAAGUGGCACUCAUACCCCAGGUUCAACCACAAGGCAAAGGACGAACCAAAUAGUUCAUCAACAGAUUCAAAGAAAUAUUCCAACUGCUCGAGAAAUGGAUGAGUUCUUCGCUGAAGCCGAGAAGCAACAACAAAAGGAUUUUAUGGACAAGUACAAUUUCGACAUUGUCAAUGAUGUACCUUUGCCUGGACGGUACGAAUGGGUAUCAUGCAGUGCUGACUUGUAAUUUAACAGCUAGCAGCUUUUACUAACCAUUCAGUUUAGCAGUUUAAAGUGUCUUUCUGUUUUCAUAGUUUCUGGGUCAUCUUUUCAGUAGGGACUAAUUAUGAUGUGGAGAGUCGAUGUAGAGAUUGCUUAACCUUCUAUUAGAGAUAGAGACCAUCUUUUUUAUCUAUGACCCACAAGGAUCGUCUCUAAAUCUAAUGUGUCAUAGACGGGUUUAAACCCAAGUUACAUGAUAACCAGAUGAUAAAUGCGCAACGACCUGGAUUGCAUCUUUGUUUUGAA